UUUUGGCAGGUUCGUCCUCGGAGGGUGUGUGUGUAUGUGUCUGUGUAGACCGAUUUGAUCAGCGACGACCUGCAAACAGGCACCCGACUCAGUCCGAGCAAAAGAAGGGAAGAAAAAAACCCAGGAACAGCACUAAUUUCGACUGUUUGCAAUGUUCCCGACGACAUUUCUACACCUCCAGCUUUAAUCCUGUCGAAGUUGUCCGGACAUCGGCUUCAAAAAACCGAAGAAGAAAUUAAUGCGUCUUGCUCCGCGUUCCUGUUUGUUUUGACCUGCUACUAGGGAAUCCUGCUCGAGGGAUUAGCGGUCCGUCAAUGAGGAACUACCGGCUCAUCUUCUGCCACAACCUGAAGCAGCCAUAGAUGAUUCAGUGGUUUACUGGCCAGGGGAGGAGAGGAUAGGACACACUUUCACUGCUUCACGACGUGAGGUCUUGGCGGGUUUGUGGUGAGGAGGAGGAGGCCAUGAGGAAGAGCGUGUCUCUGUUGCCAGGCAAUGAGGGCGGGAGCUCAGCCUGCACCACGCGUGUUUUUGGCGUUCCAUUGGAGGAGGUGUCACGCACACACACAAUAAAUGGCCAUGAGGUUCCUGCGCUGGUGAAAGACAUCGUCGACUACAUCGAGGAGCAUGGCCAUCUGGACCUGGAAGGUCUCUUCCUGGUUAAUGGCAACGCAGAGCGCGUGGAUUGGCUGAGACAGCGCUACGACAGCGGCGAAGAGGUGGAACUAGAGAAGGAGGCUGACCUGGCAUCAGCGGUCAGUUUGCUCCGACUCUUCCUGCAGGAGCUUCCUGAGCCCGUUAUUCCAACAGCGAUACAGGGACACAUAUUACAGCUACACCAAGAUUACAGCAGUGAGGAGGAGUUGUGUAGAAACUUGAAGUACCUGCUGCAGCAGCUUCCCCAGCUCAACUACGGCCUGCUGCGUUUCCUCUGCCGCUUCUUGUCCAGCGUUGCAUCUCUUCAGCAGGAAAGCUGGAACGUCGGGGCGCUGGCCGCCGUCUUCGGACCAGACAUCUUCCAUCUGUCAACAGAAGGAGAGGACAUCCGGGACCAGGAGUCGGUAAGCAGAGUCCUGGCAGAACUGUUGGACAACCAGGAGGGCCUGUUUGACUCGGAGGAUGACGAUGUUUCUACUACCAACGACUACAGCUCCAUCACCGAACAGAUCACAGAGCUGUUGGAUGAUGACAAGUGUGAGGCAGAAUGUGAAGAGCUGCCUCAGGACGGGGAGGAGGGUCCUUCCUCCUCCGACUCACCACAACACACUCACGCUGAUGACAGCCCUGCAGCCAGCUCCCACCUCUCCUCCAUACCCAUCCUGCCUGCCGACUCUGCUGAGAUCAUACAGCGAACCAUCAGGGCUGCAGUGGAGCAGCACUUCUUUGAGCUGAAAACAUCCAUCGACCAUGGCCUCAGCAACUAUGACAGCCAGAGAGUAAGUCCCAGUGAGAGUGCAGAUGAGGGUUGCCAUGGAGACGGGGAACAACAGACAGAACCCGAGGACAGUCCCUGUGACACAGAAGGGGAGACCCCACUCACGCAGACAGAGGAACACGUGCAACAAAGCCAAACGGACACACAGGAUUCACUGGACUCUAACACCACCGUGGCUGAGAGCUUAGGAAUGGAUCUGGAUGCGGAGGCUGUCAGAGAUGCCGAGAACAACAUCAACACUGCCAGGCAGGACAAUCAACCUUGUGAGAACAUGGACCAGACUGACACCAUAAGCUGUGACACAGAUCCAUGCUGCUGUGAUCAGAACGCCAACACCAGCGAGACCAACAGGAAUCACCUGUUGCCAUGCCAACCAAACUCUGGCCAGAACCCCCACCUCCAACUCUUUCCCGACAACCAAUGGGACGCGUCGCCCCCCUCCCAUCUCCACCUCCCUCCCAUAGAUUUCUCAUGUAUGCACCUGCAAAAAGAAGGCCAAGACCCCAUCCCAGCUUACAAAUCCUGGCACGAUGACAAUGAGAGCGGAGAGGCGCAGCUCUCCCCGCUGGCUGGUCGCAUGGUUCCUCUCCCCCCACUGCCCCUGGAAGAGGAGGGUGAGGACGAGGAUGGGGAUGGAGGGCAGGAAGCCUCCCCUUCCUCCUCUCGCUCCCACCAUCACCAUUUGGCUCGGCGCUUCCUCGACUUUGGCGCGCACAGUGCUCAGCGCUUCCUUCAGCAGGACCCAGACGUCACCUCACCCACCAAAGCGCAGAGGCCACGCCGAGCUUCGUUUGGCUCAAAAGAGGCGAUGAGAGGAGGAGAUGCAGUGACUCACCAACUCACCAAAAAGCUACAGCACCUGAAGAAGAAAAUCAAGCAGUUUGAAGAGCAGUUUGAGAAAGAGAGGAACUAUAAGCCCUCUCAUGCAGAAAAGGCAGCUAACCCCAAAGUCCUCAAAUGGAUGACCGACCUCACCAAGAUACGGAGGCAAAUUAAAGGACGCCAGCACCACCUUUUACCCAGAAGCACGCUGAGGCACCAGGCUUUGCUCCAUUCACACAGACGCCACCAUGCUCCCUCCUCCCCUUCCUCCUCCUCUUUCUGCUCUCCUCCCCAUCACACACUCACCCCCCCGCGCCACCCCUACUCAGGCCUGAACUGUAGACCGUUUCACCUCAACGCCAAACACCGCGCAGAGAGCGAGCUGGGCCCUCAGACUCGUCCUCGGAGCAACACUUUGCCCAAAAGCUUUGGCUCCACACUGGAUCAAGGUGCCCACGACGCAGUGGGGGAGGUCAAGGGUUCACACCCCACCAGGGAGGAAACACUGGAGUUAAUACAACGCAGAGUCAAAGGGAAGAAGCAGGAGGACGGCUGGCCUGAUGAUAUCAAGAAGAUGACAAAGGAGCAGUUGUCCUGUGAGAAAACUGUCCUGCAGAAGAACCUGCUGCACUACGAAGGCCUGCACGGGCGACCGGUGACUAGAGAGGAGCGUCAGGUGGUGAAGCCUCUCUACGAUCGCUACAGAUUGGUCAAGCAGAUGCUCACCAGAGUCAGCAUCACGCCUAUCACAGUGUCCCCCUCCAGCAAGAGGCGGACUCAGACCCUGCAGCCAAUCAUAGAAGGUGAAACAGCUCAUUUCUGGGAGGAGAUCAAAGAGGAGGAGGAGGACGAGCAGAAAAGCGGCAGCAGCAGCAGUGGUGGUGGUGGAGUAGGAGGAGGAGAGGAAGAGGACAAGGAGGAGGAGGAGAGGGUUGAGGACGAAGAGGAGGAGGAGGAAGAGGACGAAGAGAGCAGCGGUGGGGAAAUGCAGAGCCCCGACGUCAUCAUGGCCGUGGACCUCGUGUCCCCGGCCAACAGGCAAGGGAGGAGCCAGACCCAAACUGACAGCGACUGUUCAAUGAGAGCCAAGCUAGAGGAGGGGUCGGGGAGGCUGGCGCUGGACCUGCGACUCUCGAGCUCCAACGCUUCAUCCAUGCCAGAGCUGCUGGAACAGCUGUGGAAGGCCAGAGCAGAGAAGAAGAAAAUGAGGAAGACCAUCAGAGAGUUUGAGGAAGAUUUCUAUCAGCAUAACGGAAGAAAUGUUCAGAAAGAGGACAGGGUGCCCAUGCUGGAGGAGUACAGAGAGUACAAGAGAAUCAAGGCCAAACUCCGCCUCCUGGAAGUCCUAAUCAGCAAACAGGAUUCCUCCAAAUCCAUCUAGCCCCGCCCCCACCCGACACAAUCACUCACCGCAGCGAGGAACCGCCCCAGGAUUUUCCAUCACUGACUACACGGAGACGAGUUUAAGACGCCUGCAGUCACGUCACGGACAAAAACGCGUCCAGAGCGACAGUGUCGCCGAGAGGUCGAGGUGCAUUUUAGGGACUUUGGCAUGUAACCUGUGAAGUUAGCAUUUCUCAGACUGCAGUCCAACACUGGCUGUUGACAGCAUAGGUGUUAGAACAAAGAAUAAAUACAAUUAGGAAGCCUCCGUAUUUCGUUUCUUUAGACUUCAAGUCUACAAAAACGAGCCGAGAGCCUGAAGUAAGUGAGACGCAAAAUGACAUUUAGUCAUUUCUCCAUGUCGUGACUGCAGCGCCACCUUCAGUGCAACCUCACAAUCAGCCAGUCUGUGCUGCCUCGUCUCAUUCUCGAAACCACAGAGAAAAAUCUGCAUCAACACUGUUUCUUGGUUUGUCUUCAUCAGACUAUUCGCGUCUCACGUCCUCGUCUGGAGGAAACUAAACUUAUUUUUUUUUCUGAUUUUGAACAUUUCACACACACUCUUCACUUAAGACACGCGUGUUUGUUUGGGACAAUUCUUUCACGGAGUCACGAUUUUAAAAACACAAAAGGAGGCCAUUGAUUUCUUUUUUUUUGACUGAAGAUUGAAUGUCUUCACAUCCCGAACACUUCAGACUGAUUUUAAAUUAAUUUAAAACGCAUGUUUUUUGCGUGUUUUAUUGUAAAAAAAAAAAAAAAUCCUACUAAAAAAACCAAACCAUAUACACAAGUACGUUUGUUUGUUUGUUUGUUUGUUUGUUUGUUUAAGAGACACUGCUGUUUAUGUUGAAGGAAAAAUCUGUCGCAUUCUACAAAAAGGGAAGAAAAAAAAGUGUUUGGACUCCCAGUGUGAUUCUCAUUCUCAGCAUUUUGUUUCUGACGGGCAGAAACACAACUUUUACUUCCUUUCUUCAGAGUUAUCUUUUUUACGUCAUAUCCUUGUGAUUUAGAGAUUUCUGACGGGAUCUAAAAAGGAUUAAUACGACAAGAGUUGGCUUUUCCGCGCAUGUUUUCGCUUCUUUUUUCACCCGCCUGAGACAGUGACAUUUUUACAACAUGGAGAUUGAGUUUUUUUGCUUUAAACACAAAACAAAAGGUUGUAUAAUUAAUUGGAAUGGAAUACAGGCAGCGUUCACUGUCAGCACUGAUUUUAAAACAUCUGUGGAUGUCUUUGACUGGAAGCAUUAGAGAGAAAGAGACGAGGACGUUUCACAGAGGUGUUACUCUCGAGUUUUGUUUUUCCUGCUGGCAGGUAAAAAGGUGACGAAGAUGAAGAGUCCAUUUUGAGGGUUUGCUACAUGCCAAUGACUUUGUCCUCUGCGGUGUCAUUACUUCAAACGCGGGACAAAGACAUUUCCAACUGUAGCUUAAUUUGGCUUUGGGAAGGGUUACGUUAAUUAAGUGGCUAAAGUCUGAUUGUCAGAACCUUGGUGGCUGAUUUGAUCGUCGCGUUGUAGCCGCUGAAACAUACACACAAAAAUGUGCUUUUCUUACUGUAUCCAUGGACGUUUAUCGGCGAGCUUCAGCAGCCAUGGGGGGGGGGGGGGGGCGUAAGCGUAUGUUUGUCGGCAUGGAAACAAACAGAGGUCAUUUGAGUUAAAUGUUAUUUGCACAGCGUUCACAGAAUGCAGCCCUUUUCAUUUUGGUUCUUUUUUUCAUUUUUAGUUCUAAAAAUGAAGCACUACUUCUAUAUAAAUAUAAAUAUAUAUAUAUACUGUACAUAAAAGAAAAAAGUAAACAUACACACACACACCCGAAGGAAUGAAUGUCAGAAAUGUUUAAAUUAUUUCAAACAUUACGUUUGGCCCCCUUUGGUUUAAUUAUAUAUUUGUGAUGCCCUGAAAAUGUUUCUCUUUUUUAAUCAUUAUAAAUACUGCUAUUACUUAACCAUAACCCAUGACUUUUUGUGUGAUAAUGAGGAUAAUAAGAAUAUUAAUCCUGUUGUAUUUACUUACUAACUGUAAAAAAAACAAAAAAAAUUACAGCUGUUGAAGUUAGUCUGGCACUGUGUGUGUGUGUGUGUGUGUGCGCGUGUGUGGCUAAUCAAACACGCUCUAUUUCUGAUUUAUUUUUGUUGCUCUUUGUAAGACAAAAAAAAAGUUCUAAAACUAACAGAGCUGUAGUGAGCUUGCAUGGCAAAUGAGAACAUACUAGUGCAAAAUAACACAUGUCAUAUUAUGUCAUUGUCACACGUGUCACAGUGCAGUAACAAUAAGGGACGGCUUUGAUUGUUUCGUUUUAAAAGUCAAUGAUUGCACUGAUUAAAAUACACCAGUCUUAUUACCACUAGGUGGCAGCAGCAAGCAUUUUUGUUUUGUGACUGCAUGUGGGUGGUUUGAAGCUGCUCCUCUAAAAUCAACUCGCUUUGGGAGCCUCCAACGUGAUUACAAUUUACCAGGAUCAUUGAAUGCAUCACACGUGCUGUGAACUGCAAUUAUGUUUCGCAAUAUGACGCCCGUCAUUCUCUUUUGAUCCACAUGGUUUUAGUGAUUGCUGUGUGAUAUUUGUGUAUAGAUCAGGACAAUAUUUUAUCUAAAAAUGGUAAUUUGACGCACAAGACAUAAUCUGAACCCUGCGUUACUUUCACAAAAUGCGCUGCUGCAAUUUCGAAUAUUGACUAAUGAUCCGGCGAUUAAUCAAAAAGCAGUUUUGCUUGAAAUGUCCAUCCCGAGUAACAAUAAUACAGUCAAAGGUAUGGGAGGGAAAUUUGAAACUAUCUCAACUCUAACUUCCAGCGUGGUAAUAACAACGUAAUAAUGUUGUAAUAAAGAUAAUAUUACAGUCGUAAAAACGUAGGUAAACGCUUCUUAAAAGACAAUUAGAAUGCGAAUUAAAGUUGAAAUUUAACUUAUUAUGUUCUACUAACUUGUCAUUACUAAGCUGUUACUUGCUCAUUUCUAUAGAAAUGACGCGUUUUUACCGUAAUGUUACGUGUUAUGUUGUUUUUGUUACUGCACUGUGAUGUUAAAGUGUCACCAUUGUUGUGUUAUUUGUGCCAUGAAGAAGCAGCAAUAAUAAAACUGUGUGGAGGUUUUUAAAAAAGAAAGUGUCGGGUCACAAUGACUUUCAUCAAUGUUUUAGGUGCUUUCCUUUCACAUUUUAACACACACACACACACACACACUCUGUUUUUACCACUCGUCAGCGCCACUGAAAAUAACCAAAACUACACAACAAAACAGGUGAAGAGGGACUGAAAAGCCAAUGACGUAUCAAUGUGUUGUAUCUCAAAACAUUCCAAGUUUUUAUCGCCACCGUUUCAAAAAGAAAAGUGGAAGCAUCAUCUGCAGAUUUUGUUUUCAUUGGCACGUCAGUCAGUCAGUCAGUUGCUCGCGACAUAACAGUAAAACUGUAAACAUGUAUUCUGUUUAGGUCGGUGUGAAGAUUUUUUUUUUUUUUUAAAUCACACUUACCCCGCCUGACGUACACGGAUGUUUCUCACAUGCAAACACGCACACACAAACACUGUGUGGAGUUCACAGCAGAGGUCACUGUCAAUGAGGUCGGCUCCUCCUCCUCCUGGAAGAAAAAAGCAGACACUUUCAAUAUUAGUGUUUUUUAAGUCUGUGGUGUGAUUUUUCUGAGAAAAUGCAGACUUCAAUAUUAGUCAGAGUUGAAUUAAGUGAAGUUGACACUGAUUUUUGCUGUGUUUUCCUCCUCCAUGUGUGUUUUAUCACAAUAAUAUAUUGUAUGUACUGUGUGUGUAAAUGUUUUCAUACUUUGUGAAUGUUGUUCUCUUAUUUCUUCAUUAACAAAACGGAUGAGAAAAUACAAUCAUUAACAGACAUUUACACAUGAAAAUAAAAACGACGACAAGCUUGCCACAUCA